AUGCUACCAAGAUGGCGACAAACAAUAUCAAGGCUGUUCCUAAUUCCCCAGCGGUAUGUCCUGGGCAUUAUGGGAUUGCUUGCUGUGUGCAGCGCAUACACGAUGCGAGUGUGCCUCAACCUUGCUGUCACGCAGAUGGUCAACAACACGAAUUCAGGUUCAGACUUUGUUGACCCUAAUGCCUGCCCAGAUGAGAGUGAGUUCAUCACAAAUGCAACGUCGAGCUCUAGGCCUUAUGCUAUAUUUGACUGGUCGGAAUCCACUCAAGGACUAAUACUCAGCGGGUUUUACUAUGGGUACGCUUUAACGCACGUCCCAGGAGGAUAUUUAGCUGAAAGAUAUGGAGGAAAAUGGACUUUGGGAGUUGGUCUCUUAAGUACAGCUAUAUUUACACUACUCACACCAGUGGUAGUGAAAGCUGGAGGUGCUACUUGGCUAUUUAUCCUUCGAGUCUUACAAGGAAUGGGUGAGGGUCCCACGAUGCCUGCUUUGAUGAUUAUGCUCGCCAGAUGGGUACCACCUCAUGAACGGUCAAGACAAGGUGCUUUGGUGUUCGGUGGAGCUCAAAUCGGAAAUAUAUUUGGUUCCUUUAUGUCCGGUUUCCUGAUGGCCGGUGAUGGGAAUUGGGUCAACGUCUUCUACUUCUUUGGAUGCUUUGGCAUAUUAUGGUUCUUAGCAUGGAGCAUUCUUUGCUUCAGCACACCCAAUACGCAUCCUUAUAUAUCUGAUGAAGAGUUAAAAUAUCUGAAUGAAACGGUAACCAGUGCUGAUAACAAGAGUGUUAGAGAUCCUGUACCGUGGAAGGCGAUUGUUAGAUCUGUGCCUGUGUGGGCCCUACUAUUUGCUGCUGUUGGUCACGAUUGGGGCUACUACACAAUGGUGACAGAUCUACCAAAAUACAUGACUGAUGUGCUGAAGUUCAACAUCGCAGCGACAGGCACUUUGACAGCUAUACCGUAUCUAGCCAUGUGGAUAAGUUCGUUUAUCUUCGGAUGGGCGUGUGACGUUUGUGUCAAAAGAGAAUGGCAUAGUAUUAAAACUGGCAGGAUUAUUCAUACUACAAUAGCUGCCGUCGGGCCCGCAGUUUGUAUUAUAUUGGCGUCAUAUGCGGGAUGCGAUCGGUUUGCCGCAGUUGCUUAUUUCAUCGCCUCUAUGGCUCUCAUGGGAGGCUUUUACAGUGGAAUGAAGGUAAAUGCCUUGGACUUGGCACCGAACUACGCGGGUUCCUUGACGGCCAUGAUCAAUGGAACAUCAACGAUAUCUGGGAUCAUCACGCCUUAUUUAAUAGGCCUUUUGACUCCUGAUUCAACACUAGGUCAAUGGCGAGUGGCGUUCUGGGUAUGCUUUGCGGUUUUAGUAGGGACAAACGUAAUCUACAUUAUCUGGGCUGACGGCAAGCAGCAAUGGUGGGAUGACGUCCGACAAUAUGGCUAUCCUGAGGGAUGGAAGCAUGGCCCAUUAAAAAUAGCCAACCGAGACACGGAGAAAAGCAAAAAGAAAGAAGCAAAAAAGUCGGCAAAAUAA